AUGCUACGUGCCCAAUUAUGGAGACGUUCAGCUAGGGUCUCGAUUCAGCGUUAUCUACACUCUACCACUUUUCUAAAUGGUAUUCAGCCAUUUAAGAUGCCAGCAAUGUCUCCGACAAUGGAUAAAGGUGGUAUUGUUGAGUGGAAGUUUCAAGUGGGAGAGCCUUUUAAUGCUGGUGAUGUUAUCUUGGAAGUUGAAACAGACAAGGCACAAAUUGAUGUUGAAGCGCAAGAUGAUGGUAAGUUCGCUGCUUUUGUUAAGAGUAAUGGUUCCAAGGAUGUUAAUGUUGGCGAAGUUGUCGCGUUUAUCGCAGAAGUUGAUGAUGAUCUUGCUACUUUGGAAAUCCCCAAGUUGACUAUGGAGCCUCGCGCUGAAUCUCCCAAGAAGGUAGAAAAGUCUAUUGAAGAGCCAGUUACUCCUAGUCCUGUUCUGAAGGAGAAUUCAAAAACAACAAAGGCUUCUUCUAUUUCUACUUAUGAUAGUAUUUUUAAUAAAGCAGAUGUCAACCAAACCCUGUUACCCUCUGUUUUGUCUUUAUUGCAUGCUAAUGGUAUCACCGCCUCUGAGGCAAUCUCUAGCAUCAAAGCUUCUGGCCCUAAAGGAAAGUUGUUGAAGGGUGAUGUUUUGAGUCAUUUAGGUAGAAUUUCUUCCCAAAGUAUCGAGAAAGUUACUGCUUAUAUUAAGAAGCACGAAAAUUUGGAUUUGACUAAUAUCAAGUUGAGGGUACCAGCGCCACAGGAAUCGGGAUCUAGCAAAGAUGUCACUCCAAAACCACCAGCAUUUGAGCCCUUGGUUAUCCAGGAACAGCUGUUCAUAAAUGCUCAAAAAGAUGUCUCUUUUGAUGCCCUAUCUAAAUCUCUUCAGGAAUAUAUUCGUGAGGCUAAUUCCAUUGCUCACAGCGAGGCAGUUGGUAAUUCGCAGUCUGACUUAUUUGAUCCUUUAUUUGAGGAUUUGAUCACUGUAGAACCAAAGAAACCACGUUUCCAUGUUUCGUUUAAGUUGUCUCCAUUGUGUGGUGAUGAAAAUUUAUCCCAGAAAAGUCACAACGAUAUAUUUGAUUUACUGGCUGGAAGUUACAACUCCGCCAAACCCAGUCCGGCUCCAAAAGAACCUUUAACCCAGGAGUAUACUUUAGACUUGAAGGUCAAGGUAAAUGCAGACUUCUCUGAUGGUGAAAUAAAGGCUCAUAGAUUUAUUGACUAUAUGAGACAUUUAGAAAUUUUUUCAAAAAACUAA